UUUCAACUUUCAGUACCAGAAACUUGUACAUGUUGUAGAAAAUGAUAAACAGAAAAUACGUUUUAUAGUCACUACAGAGUUAAGUUGGAAGUAAUGUACAUGUUGGAGAAACAUUCUGCAACAGCAAUGUGCGAAGGAUAUAUUGUGAUCUAGUACUAUUUAUUUUAUAAAUAAAGAAUAUGAACAUGAUGAAGAUUUAUCAAACUACCUACUGUAUGUACAGGGCCCUAAGGCUACAAUUUAUAAGAUUGUCAUCCAAUUCUACCAGUUGUCACAGCUACAUUAGAGAAACAGACACUGCAUCUGAUAAACACACAUUAAACCUGCAGAACAUUUCUGUGGGGAGUUAUUUCAAUCAUCAAAACAGAAGGAGAAUACUAAAGGGACAUAACUAUUGUGCAUGUUGUGGAAGAUAUAUUCAAAGACGACACUGCAGUAGUUUUGUGAAUGGAAAGAAUCAAGAUGGUCCCUGUUCAUCACCUCCAUGGAAAAUAUUGUUUUUUGGAACUGACCAUUUCUCUCUUUUUACCUUAAAAUGCUUAAAUGAGAAUAGAUUGCAAGAUAAAGACAGUGUUGUUGAAAGUUUAGAAGUUGUAACUGGCAAAGAAAAAAAAUCUAUAAGACGUUAUGCUGAGCAAGCAGGAUUAGUAGUUCAUAAUUGGCCACUGGUUGUACCUGAUGGUAAAUACGACGUUGGAGUAUUGGUAUCAUUUGGAAGCUUAAUCCCUGAAAAAGUUAUAAAUAGCUUUCCAUAUGGUAUAUUAAAUGUUCAUCCAAGUUUACUACCAAGAUGGAGGGGAGCCUCACCACUGGUACAUACCAUACUAAACGGAGACAAAGAGACAGGGAUAUCUAUAAUGGAAAUUAGACCCAAACAUUUUGACACUGGACCUGUGUUGAUACAAGAAAAGUUCCCAGUGCCUCCAGACUGCACAACUAGACAGUUACAUAAUAUGUUAGGACCUAUAGGAGGGAAAAUGUUAUUAAAGUGUUUAUUCAAUCUAUCAACCCUUGAGAGACAAGAAGUUCCUCAGACUGAACAAGAAGUUACCUAUGCAAACAAAACAAAACCAGAGAUGACCUAUAUAGACUGGGAAAACCAGACUAGAGAGAGUAUUAAUAGACAAUACAGAGCUUUACAUGAAGAUUUUCCACUGAAGAGUCAUUAUGGUAAAGUUCUUGUCAAGUUAAAAAGUAUGGUUCCUGUGACAGAUGAGACAGAUGAAAGUAUAUUGUAUCACUACGGCAACACACACCUCAAUCUGCCCCCAGGAACACCAUGUUAUGGGAAAAACAGUAAGAUUUGUUGGAUCAAAUGUAAGGAUGGUUGGGUUGGAUUCAAAGAGUUUAUCAUUAAGAAGAAGUUGACAGCCAGUGACUUUUAUAGUGGUUAUCUGAUAAAUGACAUGUAUAAAAACAAUGUGUUCACUAGAUAUAGAAAUCAUUUGUCUGAGCGUGUAUCAGAUUGCAGCUAA